GGAAGAAGAAGAAGAACAAAAUGUUGAGGUUCAAGAAAUCGCUCCAAUCGGCCGACAACCUUGGACGAGCGAGGAGGAGGUCUCUUUGACGAAGGCGUAUUUGCACAUCUCGGAGAGUAAGAAACACGGGAACGAGCAACGAAGGGAUGCGUUUUGGAGACGGGUUAUUAAUCAUUUUAUGAAACUUCCCGGUGCAAGGAUCCGAAACAUGGACCAAAUGACGUCGAAGUGGACGGAUUUGAACGGGAAAAUUAGCAAGUUCAACGCUUGUUUCAUUCAAAAGAGCCGAAACCCACAAAGUGGAGCGAGCGAGGCGACGAUCAUGCAACAAGCCACCGCAGAGUAUUGCACAACGUACCAUAAGAGAACUUUUCCACACGUGGCGGCAUGGGAAGUUGCGAGACAUCACCCGAAGUGGGUCCCCGUUGAGUUGGUUGACACGCGUGGUCCUACGGCUCCAAAAAACGAGGCGGUUCGAAAAGAUCAAAGACAUCCGAGUCGGGGAACUACACGGCUUCCGCGUCAGAUAACUUGCCCCAAAUGA